GAACUCCAAAGUGCGAAAAGGGAACAUGGCAGCAGCGGCGGCUCUCUGCUCCGCCUGGGCCCGAGCGGCGCCCUCUCUCCCCGCCGUGGAUCACGCCCGCUCGCCUCGAUAAUGUCGCGUUUGGCGCCCGCCGAGUGCCCGCGCGCACUGCGUCCUUCUCGAAUCGCCGCUCAGCUGCCCGGCAGACCGCUGCUGUCUGUCGGACUGCUGCAACUCCUGCUCGGAUGCGCCAUGGUGGCGCUGUCCCUCAGCAUGUCGCCGCCCGUGAGGAACUCGCCCGUGAGGAACUCGUGCCCGUUCUGGGCCGGCUCGUCGGUCAUAUUGUCGGGAAUCAUUGGCUUAACUACAUGGAAAAGACCUCAGCUACUGUUGGUAAAUCUUUUUGUGUUGCUGUCAGUUGUGUGUGUUAUCCUCAACUUGGCUGGAGUUGUCCUCUGCUGCCAAGGAGCCCAAUUUGUUUCCAGUAUGUCCAACUGUUAUAUGAGUGAAGAUAAUGCAAUUUGCAUGUGCUGUGAAGAUACCCAGAGUGCUAAAUGUACAGAUGAUAAACUAUUAAAGUUGUUCAGAACUCAUUCUUGCAGUACUGUGCACAUCCUUUUGAAGAAAGUGCUUUUUGGACUGUGUGCCUUAAAUGCUUUAAGCACGGCAGUGUGCAUGGUAGCAGCUACACUGUUAUAUCUACAGAUAUUCAGAACAAGACGACCUUGCCUGGAAGAACCCCGCCUGGCUGUGGAGGAAGUAGAAGAAAGAAACCAAAUUCCUGACCCUGAUGAGUUUGUUCCUCCAGCACCUCCACCCUCCUAUUUUUCUACUUUUUACUCAUAUACCCCACAGCUUGCACGCAGGCUGCUUGGCACUGGUGUUAUUCCACUUCCACACAUUUAUGGAGCCAGGAUUAAAGGGGUUGAGGUGUUUUGUCCUUUGGAUCCACCACCACCAUAUGAAGAAGUUCAGAGAUCAACAGGAGAUGAAGAGAUUAUAGGACCACAAGGAAGAUCACAUGAACCUGCAGAUUCUGAUGUUUCUGCCAAUGGUUAUGAUUGCACUGGACCCCCAAUAAUUGUAGUUCACCCUCAGUCUUCUAUGACAGUUCUUAGGCAGUUUCACAGGCAAAUGCUGAAAAGAUCAAUCAGUGACCCUGCAUUGCUGGAUAUGUCUACCACAGUGAAGAGCUGUGAAGCAGCCACCCAGACAGAGACACGUCCAGACCUAUCAAUGGUCACCUUACGGCAUGGAAAAAAGGGCAGAAUUCGUAGAGCAGCAAGGCCCAGGUCAAUGGUGGAUUAUGAGACAUACAGAGACACAAAGGAGAUAGUUGCUAGAUUUCUAGAGCAGACGCCAAACACAAUGCCACCUGAGGUAAAGGAGCUGGUUGAGAGUAUAAAGAUUGUUUUGAAGUCUGAUGAAGAGCACAUGGAGGAGGCAGUUUUGAGUGCAAAUUUCAUUGAUCAGGCUAUAAGUUCCCAGCAGCAUUCGUGGACUGUAAACACAUUACCCUGCAUGAGGCGCCCCAGGCUGAUUCAUCUCCAGAGCUGUGGGGACCUGAGCACAUUCACACAGGCAAAAGCAGACCACCGACAGGGAGAAGGCCAGCGGGCAGAACCCGAGCGGCCACACAGCCUCAUCGGACUGGUGCAAGAGACCGCGUUGUGAUUCAGGCGAACAGGUACAGUAAAGGAACUGAUAAUCCCAAAGAGUCGGCCCUGGUAGCCGUCACCUUCGAUGAGCCAAAGAAAUAAAGGUUUAUAAUGUUUGUAUCAUUUAUGAACAAAAGGUAGUCUUAAUAAUCAAGAACUUAUUUAACUUUUAUUGUUAAUGCUGGAAAUCAACACUGUAAAUGCUCCAGUUUGAUUGUUAAUAAAGCUAAAAGUUUCAAAGUUAGA